AUGAUCAUGGACAUGCUCGACCGCCUCCCGUAUGAUAUCUGGCACAUCAUAUUUCAGCUAGCCUGUACCGAUGGUGGCAGGACCGGCUGUGCCCUAGCUCUCACCUCCAAGGCAUGCCGCCGGGCAUCCUCGUCCGCCCGCCUCAACUCUGUGCGCCUCCACAGCCUCCGCCAUGUGCGGAACUUCCUCAUCUGCCUCGAACGCAUCCGCCGUUCCACGGGCGAGGACCCGCCCGUGCGCCACCUGCUCUUCUUCCUUUUCCCCGAAACAUGCGACGCCCCCGUGCGCGCCUUGCGCGCGCACUGGACGGACUACGCGCGCAACGAGCGCGCGAUGCUCACGCAGCUCGUCAACGAGCACCGCGAGUGGAACGCGAAGAAGAUCGCGUGGAACCGCGCGUUCGUGCUGCACGUCUCCGCGCUCCUCGCGCGCGUCGCGGACACGCUGCGCACGCUCCUCGUGCUCCAGAGCCGCGAGGUCCGCCUCCCGCUCGUGCGCUGCCGCCUCCCCGCGCUGCGCGAGCUCACGCUGCUCGGGGACGACCGCAUGUUCGUGCGCGUGCCCCGCCCGGGCAUCCUCGUCCCGCGCGAGGGCGAUGACUCAGACUUCGCCCUCUACGACGUGCCGCUGCCCAGCGCGGACGGGCCCGAGGGCGCGCCGUUCCCCGCUCUGCGCCGCCUGCACGUCGUCUACGCAUUGCCGAAGCUGCACCCCUGGGAGGACACGCUCCCGCGCUGGGCCGCGCUCGCGCCCGCGGUGACGCACCUGCGCAUUUCACAGGGUAGCGCACAGGUGGCGCAGAUGAUCCGCGACAUGCUUGGGCUGCCCCCGCCUCUGGUACCACUAUCAGGCCUGUCUGGCGGUCGAAACGCGGCCGAGGACGGCGAUGGGGAUAGCGAUGUUCCAGGGUCCCCGGAGUCAUCUGCGGUGGCGGGCCCGACAUACCCUAGCUUGCGACUGGUGAUCGUGCAGCUGAGCCGCGCGCCGAAGUGGGCGAGCAGCGCUACGGCCGCGGCGGUGCUUGCGCAGAGGCGCGAGGUCGAGCAGGUCGCGGAGGCGUGUGCGGAUGCAGAUGGGGGCGCGUCGCAGGCGUGGGUGUCGGUUCUUCGGAGUCGUCAGUACGACGACGAGUACUGGCCGCGGCGGUUGUUGCGGGAGUGGCGGCAGCGGAUGUCGGGCGGUGGGGGCUGCUGGACGGAGGACGAGUACUACGAAGACGAGCGGUGGGGUGUGUCCGAGGUCGGGCCGCUGCCGAAACGCGAAGGCCCGCUGACGCUCGACUUGCGGAACGACGGCCCAGAGGAACGAAAGGCGGCAAAGAAGUGGUGGCAGGCUGUGUUCUCGCUGAGAAAGCGCAAAGCUCUAUGA